CCUUUCGACACCCCUGACUGCCGCUCCUCCGCUUAAUCCGGCGUCGUUUUAUUCUCAGUUUCUCAUCACCCCUCUCUCUCUCUCUCUCUCUCUAAAAACCAAGCACUCCACAGUUCGCUCUGCUGUACUCUCUUCGUCUCACUUAUUCUCUCUAAAAUUCCAUGAAAAUUCAUGCUCUGGUGGUGAGUCAUCUCCGUGCGGAGCCAAUUUCUAGGGUUUAAUGAACGAAGUCGUUUUGAAGUCUCCGAUCCCUUUCCGAUGACAAUUGUUCGGUUUUCGUGCAGUUCGUGGUGUGCUUCGUAGAGAGUUCGUUUUUGGUUUUACUUAAUUGGAAGUGGGAGAAUUUGUGAAGAAUGGCGAAUCGGAUGAAGGAAGACGAGAAAAACGAGAAGAUUAUUCGUGGACUUCUGAAACUUCCCGGUAAUCGGAGAUGUAUCAAUUGCAACGGUCUGGGACCACAAUACGUCUGCACAAAUUUCUGGACAUUUGUUUGCACAACCUGCAGUGGAAUACAUCGGGAGUUCACACAUAGAGUGAAAUCUGUGUCGAUGGCUAAAUUUACUUCUCAAGAAGUUACUUCCCUUCAAAAUGGGGGGAAUGAGCGUGCAAAGGAAAUAUAUUUAAAAGACUGGGAUCAACAACGCAAUUCUUUCCCUGACAGCAGUAAUGUUGAUAGAUUGCGAGACUUCAUUAAGCAUGUUUAUGAGGACAGAAGGUAUACCGGUGAGAGGGGCAGUGACAGGCCUCCAAGGGUAAAGAUGGCUGACAGGGAGGAUUCCUUUAAACAGCGUAGUGCUUCUCAGAGCCCACCUUCUGAGGAUACAUAUGAACGGAAUUAUGGUGAAAGGUCUGGGCUUGGAGGACGAAAUGAAGACAGAAAUUUUAGAUAUAAUUAUGAGGGAAGAAGUCCUGGGUAUGAUCAAGACAAGCAAAAAUAUGGUGAUUACAAGAGAAGUCCAGCUCAGUUUGAGGCAGGCGAUGAUAGAUAUCGGGAUGAUAGAUCUGGAAGUAGGAGAUCUGAAGACAACAAGUUUCCGGGUGGGGAACCUAAGCCGGAGGGCAGGUCGCCGAGUUAUCAAAAGGAACUGGGUUCUUCCAGUCCACCUGUGGUGCGUCCUGUACGAGAUAUUUUAGGAGAGAAUAUUCCACCACUUCGAAUAGGUGAACCUCCAAAAUCAAAUGGUGGCAGGGCUCCUGGUGGUUCUAUACAGACCCAGAGGACUGCAUCAUCUAGUAGCAUGGGAUCUAUUGAUGGGAAUCCAGUUGAAUUUAAAAGCCCAAAUCUAGGAAGCCUUAUUGACUUCACCAGUGAUCCUGAGCCUCCUAAUGCUGCCACUGCAACACAAACACAACAACCUGCAGCAUCUACAGUUCAAACAUUCACACCACCAACAAACUCAUCUUUUGGUGGCGACAACUGGGCAUCCUUUGAUUCUCCUGUUCAAGAGAAAGGUUUGCAGGUUGCAUCAAAUGCAAACACACUGGACUCAGUUGUGUCGCAACUAUCAGUUCCAGCAGCAUCACCUGCAGGAAACAUGAUGUUACAGGCUAGUGGUACUGUGCUCAAUGCAAGUAUGGAAAGCAUGUCAAAGUUAUCCAUUGGUAAUGUUGCUGUUGCUACACCAGUGAAUAUAUCAAUUUUGCAUCCCGGUGGCAGUGCUGCUGUUCCUGCAGCUGCCCCUGCAGGCAAUGUAUCAUCUAUGGCUGUCAGUGGUGGCAAUUCCUUUAUCAGUUCCAAUGAUGUGCAGCAGUGGCCACGUGUGCAGCAGCCUCAGCAUUCUCUAUUCCCCAUCAAUGAUAAUCAAAUUACUGCACAACCAACCAAUAUCUCAGUUGGUGGUGGUUCAAACAAUCAGAUAUGGAGUUCAUCGCUUGUGUCAAAUGUGCAAGGGUCUAUGAGUACUCCAACUUUGCCAUCAUCUCAAUCUUCCUCAAAGCUGAUUCAAGAUACCAGUUCUGGAGAAGUAUCAAAGGCACCUCUGGAAGCAAAAUCUGUUGGAAGAAAAGCACUCCCUGAGGACCUUUUUACUGCAACUUAUACAUCAGUUCCUGGGUGGCAGGCAGUUCCACCUCAUGGGAUGGGAUUUGGCAUGCAAUAUGCAAUGUUGCAGCGUGCACCAACUUUUCCCCAAGCAUCAAGAUCCAUAAAUCCGUUUGAUGUCAACAGUGAAGCAGCUCUAGUUCAAGCACCAAUGUUUCCAUCCAUGGCACCUUUGCAAGGAGCACUACCAAAUGCCUCAGCUCCAACUGGUUUAUUGCGACCUUCUAGCCUUGGUACCCCAAUGCAUCCUCAAUGGGUGCAAUCACAAACACAGGCGUAUGCAUCAUCAAUGCCCCCCCAACCCCUACCUUAUGUUUCAGGAAUGCCUCAAAGUAUGUACAUGGGGCAGCAAAUGCACAGCAAUCUGCCACAUCCAGGACAUCAAGCCGUUGGGGGUUUUGGCAGAGAUGGAGCGGCUUUUGGUCCCUCGAACAUGAAUCAGCAACUGGGUGGCAGAUUCUCUGCACCUGCAACUCCAAAUUCUUUUUCGUCCAUCGGUGGAAACCCAUUUGGUUAACCUCAAGGAAUAAGGCUAAUGCUGUUCAGGUUCUUCUAUUGCUUGUAUCAACAUUUGAAGAAGUUUGGUUGGUAUCGACUGAAAAAGAUUAGAGCAAGGUUAGUUGUAUAAUGGGAAACUUAUGUGACUCCCUGGCCAUGAGAAAUUUUGAAUUGGCCAUGUAAAUUUGUGUGAACAUAGGCGACCUGUCAAAAGGAGAAGAAAAAAAAAAAAAAAAAGGAAAAAAAAAAAAGGGAAAGGGAACUAAGGUUGAAAUAUUGUGCCUUGUUCGAAAGGGCCGUAUGAGGCUCUAGGGAAACCCCGAUUUUCCUUUCUCUGUGGUUGUGGUGGUGGUGUUAGAUUUUAUGGUUACAAAUAGUUUACCCUUUGUGUGUGGAUAUAUAUGUGCUGCGUGUCCCCCUUUGUUUGUAUCCAUUAGAUGUUAUUUGUUUUGUAAUUUUUGUAAAAGAUGAUCUCACAUUUGCUUCUGCAAUCGUGGGUCUUCACUUGUACCUCCUCUCUGUAGUUGUGAGAUUGGUGUUUAUAUUCAUAGAUAGUGAAGUAUAAAAAUUAUAAACAUGUAUUUAGAUUGUGUUAA